AUGACUGCUAUCUUCCUGAUGUCCAUGCUUUUUGGCCUUGCAUGUGGGCAAGCAAUGGCUCUUUGUAUUCCAACUGAGUAUAUGAUGCAUGUCGAAAGGAAAGAGUGUGCUUACUGCCUAACCAUCAACACUACCAUCUGUGCUGGAUAUUGUAUGACACGGGACUUCAAUGGCAAGCUGUUUCUUCCCAAAUAUGCUCUGUCCCAGGAUGUUUGUACAUAUAGAGACUUCAUGUACAAGACUGUAGAAAUACCAGGAUGCCCACGCCAUGUUACUCCUUAUUUCUCCUACCCUGUAGCUAUAAGCUGUAAGUGUGGCAAGUGUAAUACUGACUAUAGUGAUUGUAUACAUGAAGCCAUCAAAACAAACUACUGUACCAAACCUCAGAAGUCCUAUGUGGUGGGAUUUUCUAUCUAACUUCAAUUGUGAUGUAAUUUGCAAUUUGGUUAAAUGUG